GGGGGCCCACCAACCCCAGAAACCAAGUUCGUGCCCAAAUUCCCAAAGAGACGAUGGAGAAGGUCUGGGCUUUGCUGCUUUUCCUGGGGGUGGCCACAGCGGCCCCCGUGGUGCUCGGUCCCAUCUCCUACGACCAGGCCGUGGCCUCCGCCGUGGACACCUUCAACCGGGAGCAGAAGCCGGAGUUCAUCUUCCAACUCCUGGAAUCCGAGCCCCAGCCGGACUGGAAAACCACCGGGGAGGUCACCCAGCCGUUGAAGUUCUCCAUCAAAGAGACCGAAUGCCGCUUCACAGACAAGGCGAACGGCACCAGGUGCAACUUCAAAGAGAACGGGGUGGACAUGGACUGCUCCGGCUUCUACUCAACCCAACAAAACCCACCGGCUGUCAUCGUCCAGUGCGAGGACAUGGAGCAAGAGAUGGGCCGAAUCACCCGGAGCCGAUGGGGAAGGUUCUGGAGGGGAGCCAAGCGCUUUGUGAAGAAGCACGGCGUGAGCAUCGCCUUGGCAGGGCUGCGGUUUGGCUGAGAGGAUCCCGGACGGAACGGACGUCGACACCAUCUCCAUCCCUCUUUGCUCUUUGCUCAUGGCUAAGAUAAAUGCAAGUUCAGAUUUGGAAGUCCUCUUCUCCUGCCAUUCUUCUUUCCUUUCUUGUCUCGAUAUAUGUACCAAAAGGCUUCAGCGUGUUAAUAAAAUUCCCCGUCUUCCACCACGAA